AUGUCAGACUUGAUUAGACGUGGUAGGUCUGUGACGACUGCACCUUGUUCGGAGUCCCCGGCUCAGCUGGCAUCUGCUGCCAUUGCUCCAGCACUGAUGGACCAUGUGCCAGUUGGUCUUGAGGGGUCCCAGGCGCCUGCGUCAUCAGCUUCAUCAGUGGCGCAUCCAGUUAGCACUAGGUGGCGUCACCGACCAGCCAGCACCACCGACACCACAUCAACCUACGAUAUUGGUGCUUCGAGGUCACAGCCAGUCAAGAAGAACACCCGCGGGUCCUGUCGGCAGCUGAAGACGGCGAAGGUUACCCUGGUGACCAACAGUCGUAUCAGCAUCGGAUACGACGAGAGCCAUCGGGCUGCAUCGACGACAGAGUUGCAUAGCUCCUUGGCCCACGACAUUGGCCACGUCGUUCGGACCCAUUGCCCAAUGCAAUGGAAGUCUUGGAAGGUCAUGCUUGACGAGAUCAAGAUGGAGGUUCGCGGCCAGUUGUCGACAAACUACAACUUAGAGGACCUCGACGACGAGUCAUUGGCGUACGUCAACAGACUCUUCGCUGAGAGGUACAAGCAGUGGAAGAAUGACUUGCACCACCAUUUUGAGUCGUUUGAUGAUCCGCAAGUCGCUCUUCAGGAGGGUUGCCCGAAGGAGCUUGAGGGGCGAGAUGAUGGUUGCGCAUGGCUCUGCGCUCAUUUUCAGGCGCCCGAUUAUGUGGAUAGAUGCAUGGCGGCGGGGGGGUCCAAAUUCCCAGAGAUCGACGUCUUUGGUGACGUUUAUGUUCGACCUGGGAAUGAGUUGGCCGAGUUCCUUCAUGAUGCUGAAUUUCAGAUCUUGACGGAGACAUUGGAUCAGACUCUCGGGAGGAGGCCGGGGACAUAUUGUAGAGGGAUGAGGAAUGCCCGGUGGAGGGAACCUAGACCCCGUUCAUUAGCGCAGUCAAACAGUCAGGUAACUGCUUUGACAACACAAGUGGCUGCGCUUCAGGGUCAGAUGUCGGUGAUUCUGCAGUCCCUCGCGCGGUCCGGCAUUCCCUUCCCGCAAUUUGAUGCGGCGACCUCUGAGCUCGUCCACCCCGAGCAUGCCCUCCAGACCACUGCCCUUGUGGACCUCCAGACCUCCGAGCUGCAUAUGUCUGACGACCAAGUAGAUUUUGGAACAUUAUUUGAUUAG